AAUGAAAAUGUCCCACUCUCCACUCUGCUGUUUUUCUUCUCUCAUAUUGGAAAUGUGUUGGUAAUGGUGGGUGAGAUGUAUUCUGCUGAGUUGUGGCUGCUGACAGAGAGCAGACACUUGUGUAGUUGGCCAUGUGUGUGGGUGCUGGUUUUUGGACUGUUCAGAGCAGAGGUUGUCCUUAAGAGAAUGUCAUUGGCUUUCAGGUCUGCCUCUAGCUUCCCAUGUGAUAGAACCUUAAGGUGCCUCGUGUUGAAGGUGGCACAUGGAUGUCCGUGGUUCCCUUGCUGAGAGCAGGACGAACACUGCAUUUAGAUGAGGCUGGUCAGGGCCUCAUCCUGUCAAGGUCUUUCUUGUCUCCAAGGAAGGCUAUUUGUGUCAAUCCCUGGCCCAGUGUUCCAGGGCCUCCCCAGGUUCUACGUAGAGUUUUGUUUUUGUUUAGCCACUUGGUUUUCCUUCAUGUCACUGUUCUGUACCAUAGGCCUGGCUUUGCAGCAGUCUGGCAGAUGGCCUUUGACUCCUGUGUUCCUAAGCAUGAGGAGUGGCUGCUCCGGCAGAAGCUGCUGUAAAUGUUGUUCAUCGGUCCAGCUUUCUCCGUUUCCAUCUGAGAUUGCUGAGCCAGUGCAAAGCCUUGAGAGUGCCAUUUGUGCAGGGGGGAAGAUCCUGGCAGUGGUGGGAGAAGGUGAGGCUCUGCAGAGGGUGAUGCUCAGGAGGUGGAUUUGGAGCUGGAUUCUGUCUGUGGGGUGGAGCAACUUCCAGGUGUGGCAGUAAUUUUGCAAGCAGUUUGGAGUGUGGCAGUGCAUUUUGCAAUGGGCAGGAUGGUGUUGAGUAGGAAAAGAGCCUUGUGUGUGAGAAAUGGAGAUGCUGGGUGGAAGUUGCAGUAUGGCCUUUGCCAAGAAGUGGGGAGGAGGGGAAGAAGUGCUCUCCGUGUUCAUGAUGUUGGCAAAGCUCGCGGCCUGGGCGCUGGGCGGCGGGCAGGUGCGCUACUCGGUGCCGGAGGAAGCCAAGGGCGGCACGGUGGUGGGGCGGCUGGCGCAGGACCUGGGCCUGGAGGCGGGCGAGGCGGAGGCGCGGCGGCUGCGGCUGGUGUCGCAGGGCCGGCGGGCGAGCGUGGAGGUGAGCGGGGCGAGCGGGGCGCUGGUGGUGAGCUCGCGGCUGGACCGGGAGGAGCUGUGCGUGAAGAGCGCGCCCUGCGCCCUGCGCCUGGAGGUGCUGCUGGAGCGGCCGCUGCGCGUCUUCCACGUGGAGGUGGAGGUCACCGACAUCAACGACAAUGCCCCGCUCUUCCCCGCCGCCACCAAAAACCUCAGCAUCCCGGAACUAAAUACCAUGCCGGGGUCCCGCUUUCCGCUGGAGGGCGCGUCGGAUGCAGAUAUCGGAGCCAACGCGCAGCUCUCCUAUACCCUCAGCCCCAGCGAGCACUUCGCCCUGGACGUGAAAUCUUCGGAUGAUGGUAGGAAGUCGCUGUUCCUGGUGCUGACGAAAGGUCUGGACCGCGAGUCUCUGGCCGAGCACCGUCUGGUACUGACGGCGAGUGACGGGGGCAGGCCGUCGCUGACGGGCACGGUGGAGCUGGUGGUGUCGGUGCUGGAUGCGAACGACAACGCGCCCCAGUUCAACCAGUCGGUGUAUAAAGUGCGUCUGCUGGAGAACGCGGCCGAGGGGACGUUGGUGGCGCAGGUGAGCGCCACAGACCCUGACGAGGGAAUUAAUCACGAAUUUUCCUUUAGCAUCGUCAGUUCAGUUCCUGCUGCCAAGAGAGAUGUCUUUGGCAUUGAUCCGCAGACGGGGGAGAUCCGUCUCCGGGGCCCCCUGGACUUUGAAGAAGUGCGCUUUUUCGAAUUACAAAUCGCAGCGAGAGACAAGGGCGUUCCUCCAUUGUCAGGGCACUGCAGCGUGGAGCUGGAGGUGUUGGACGUGAACGACAACGCGCCCGAGGUGUGGGUGACGUCGCUGUCGGUGCCGGUGGCCGAGGACGCGUCGUUGGGGACGGUGGUGGCGCUGCUGAGCGUGUCGGACCGGGACUCGGGGUCGAACGGGCGGGUGCGGUGCGCGGUGUGGCCGCCGUCGCCGUUCGGUCUGGUGGCGACGUUCGCGGGCUCGUACUCGCUGGUGCUGCGGGAGGCGCUGGACCGGGAGCGGGUGUCGGAGUACGAGGUGGAGGUGCGGGCGGAGGACGGCGGGGCGCCGCCGCUGCGCGCCAGCCGCGGGCUGCGGGUGCCGGUGUCGGACGUGAACGACAACGCGCCGGCGUUCGCGCAGGCCGUGUACACGGUGCUGGCGCGGGAGAACAACGCGGCGGGCGCGGAGCUGGCGCGGCUGUGGGCGCGGGACCCGGACGAGGCGGGCAACGGGCGCGUGAGCUACUCGGUGGCGGAGGGCGGCGCGGGGUCGGGGUCGGGGUCGGGGUCGGGGUCGGGGUCGGGGUGGCGUCCGGCGUCGAGCUACGUGUCGGUGGACGCGGAGAGCGGGCGGCUGUGGGCGCUGCAGCCCCUGGACUACGAGGAGCUGCAGGUGCUGCAGUUCGAGGUGCGGGCGGUGGACGCGGGCGAGCCGCCGCUGUGCGGCAACGCCACGGUGCAGCUCUUCGUGGUGGACGAGAACGACAACGCGCCGGCGCUGCUCCCGCCUGCCGGCGGCGGGCCGGGGCCCUGGGCUGCGGGCGAGGCGUCGGCGUCGGCGUCGGCGCCGGGGUCGCUGUGGGCGUGGGCGGCGUGGGGGGCGCCGGCGGGGCAGGUGGUGGCGAAGAUCCGCGCGGUGGACGCGGACUCGGGCUACAACGCGUGGCUGCGCUACGAGCUGUGGGAGCCGCGGGGCAAGGGCCCGUUCCGCGUGGGGCUGUACAGCGGCGAGGUGAGCACGGCGCGGGCGCUGGAGGAGGCGGACGGCCCGCGGCAGCGGCUGCUGAUCGUGGUGCGGGACCACGGGGAGCCGUCGCGCUCGGCCACGGCCACGCUGAGCGUGUCGCUGGUGGAGGGCGCCGAGGCGGCGCUGGCGGCGGCGGGGGCGGUGUCGGCGGGGGCGGGGCUGCGGCCGGCGUCGGGCGCGGAGGGCGGCGCGGCGGCGGCGGCGGCGGCGGCGGCGGCGGCGGCGACGAACGUGUGGUUGGUGGUGGCCAUCUGCGCGGUGUCGAGCCUGUUCCUGCUGGCGGUGGUGCUGUACGGGGCGUCGCGCUGGGCGCCGCGGGCGGCCGUGCUGUCGGGGCCCGGUCCGGCGACGCUGGUGUGCGCCAGCGAGGUGGGCAGCUGGUCGUACUCGCAGCGCCAGAGCCGGAGCCUGUGCGUGGCGGACGGCGCGGGCAAGAGCGACCUGAUGGUUUUCAGCCCCAACUGCCCGCCGCCGCCCGGCCCCGCGGCAGAAAACGGUUCUGCCGAGAAGGGACCUUCGCUCUCCCCAUACUCUUCAGGCGCGGUAAGUUGCCCCUUGGUUUUUUAGCUUUUUUUCCCACUUCUUCUGUUCUGUUUUCCGAUGAUAUUUCACGGCAGGUUGGUCAUUAAAACGAUGUGUUUGUGGAAGUAAUUUUACAAGGAGAGUCCGAGCCAUGUAGCACUCUUGGAUGUACCCUUGGCUUUUGCUUUAGACAUGUUCGUUCGUUGUUCUAAAAGCGAGUGCUCGACUGUUUAGUGUGUUUUGUACGCCUACGUGAAUGUUUAGUAGAAUUUGCAGAGCUCCAUUCUUUUUCGUGGGUGACUUCGUGGUGAUUUGUUUUCCUAGUUUUGUAAGAUAUCUUUUUCCCAUUGUACGGCAUCGAAUGCUAAUCGUAUGAAUUAGCCGUUCUGUCAUUUUUCUUGUAUUAGAAUUCUUUAGCCUGUCCAAAGACCCGUUUGUGCGUGCCGAGGAGCUUGGUGGUUCCCUCAGGAUGAGUACCAUCACAGUAUUUGUUAUUUUUAAAAUCUGCUGGCAAUAUAGUAGUGUUUACGACUGUUGUGUCCGUAUGCGCCAAUGUACUCUAUGGCUAGUUUUUUUUUUUGUCUUCGGAUCUCUCACUGGUUGGUGGGCUUUGGUAAUGUUAGGAAGCUGAUCUACGUGAAAUGAGUAAUAUGCGGUGUGAUGAUGAGGUACAAAAUUUGGUGGACGUGGUGGAGAAUGUUCUGCCUCUGGAAGUGUGUUGAAAAGUAGGGAGAAAUGAGACAUUGGAUGCUUUAAUUCAGCAUGGAGAACUGUUGGAGGGAAGGGUGCCUCCCAGCCUCACUGUGCCUUGCUGUCAUUGCUCUCGUUGCUCUCUUUUCUGUCUCCUUCGUCCAUUCUUUCUCAUUCUGCGAGUCAUACUGGAGUGUCUUUUCUUUCCCUUGAUGUGGUUUCAGUGCUGUAGAUGGUUCUAUGAAGCCCUUGUUUAGUCAGUUGCCAUCAUAUUAGCACCUGUAUAUGAAUGCUCACAUGAUCGUUCCUUUUGUUAUUUCUGAUAAAGACGUGGGUGGGCAAGGGCUCUUUCCUUUUUCUUUCCCCAAUUUUAUUUUCUACAGGAGUCUGCCGUGAAUGGGGAGAAGCAGAGGAAAAUUUGUGAUUGAUGUGACAAGUGGAAUCCUCCACUUGAAAGCAUCCUAAAAGGCAGAUGUGUUAGAAGUUGAGUGUGUUUUCUUGGGAUUGUUGUCCAAUCUAAUUCUUCAUAUCUUUGUUUCCUCCCAUUCUUCAUAGUUCUCCUGCUUUUGAAGGCCUUUUCCAUAUGCCCUUUCAGUCUUUUCUGUUUGAACACGGGAAAGUGUUCCUCAAAGAGAACCUGCUUUGGGCAUCAUGCUGGCAUUCUCUGAAAGUCUUCCUGGUCUCCUCUUUUGUAAAUAAUUUAAUUAGGGUGGGAACAGCUUACAUACAAAAUUCUAUUUGAAAGUCAACUUUGCCGUUCUGUCAAGAGGAAUGAAAGAGAUUGGUUUCUUCUGUGUUAUUAUAAGUCUUACCCUUUUGAUUGGUACUGAGGCUAGAGCUGACAUAUCCAUGUCACUGUUUUCUCUGUGCAGAAGAUGUCAUUUCAUACCCCUAAAUGUUUGGUUGCAGUUCAAGCACAGUCACUGUUGAGGCAACAUUGUUUUCCUCAUCUGCUCAACUUGGUGGUGUCCUUCAUGGAAAAUCUUCUGCCAUUUACCCACCCAGGUGGUCUGCAUCAUAAACUCAUUCUGUAGUUCUUGGCAGGUGCCCUGUUUAUUUACUCAGCUGCAUGGGUUAAUAGGUCUUGUGAUGUUUGUAAUAUCACUUGACACAAGUUUUUGAGACCCCUGAAGGAGGCAUUAAGUGUCACGCGUCCCGGCAGAAUUCUUUGCCCGUCUGCAGUAUUGACCUUGGUCAAGCUCUUGGUCAAGAUCUUAGUCAAGCUCUCAGCUUUGGUCUUCCUGCCAUCUGUGUAGUUAAUCAUAACUCUUAGAGCUUCCCUUCAUCUUGCAUGGAAUGUCUUCACUUGUGUAUGCUUUUCUGUCAUGCUGGUAUUCCAGUUCUAAUGCCCUUUUUCUUUUGGCUGCUACAAAGUGCUGGCUUUCAGCCUUUUCUUGAUCGGAACUCUGUCGUCCUCCUCUUGGAUUCUCCUCUGGCUUAGUGGUUAUGCAAGGUGAGCACGUUUGGUACUCCAGGCUCUUCUCUGUUGGUCUUGUGUGGCAUAAUAUAUUGUGUUUAAGUGGCAAGGUUUUGGUGCGGGGAGACUGCAGUGCUGUCCUCUGUGAGAAGAAUCCAGAAGCUGCCCCAUGUUAGCUGGCUCAAAAGGGACCCACCACUGUCCGGAUCUGAGCCAUUAAGGGACUGUGGAAUAAUUGCCUAAGGUGACUUGGAAAUCAAACAGAUAUUCACAUUUUAAAGAAAAUGUACAGCAUUGAAGAAGCUGUAAACUUCUUCAGCUGAAGAAGGGUGGAGUGUAGCUGCACUACCUAAACGUUCCCUAGGCCUCCCACCUUAGAUGUUAAUCACACUGGGGGACCUGGUGUGCUGACUCUAAGGAACAGUAUGGAGUGUAGAGCAGAGUGAAGAUGCUGCAGCUAGGCUCUGUGGCAAGAUGGGAACUGAUUGUCCUUGUGCACACCAAGACUGAUAAACACUUUUGCUACCCUGAGCCAAUGACCUGUCAUGUUUUUGACAAAAUGCUGUACUCUAGUGAACUUUGCUCAUUAUAAUAUCGUUAUAAUGCCAAAACACAUCUCCAUCCCAAAAGGUACCCGCCUCCAAAGUGCGACCACCCCUCACUGAGCAUGCACUCUGAAUUUCUCAGAGCCUAUACUUUUAAACAAAAGCGAGAAAUCUUUUCACCAAUCAUAACCAAUAUAUGCAUGACUAGAGUCACUCAAGCUCCACCUAAAAGAUAGAAAAUAGUAUAAAUUGGUUUAAGAGAAAGGGGAUGUGAGGGAAGAUAACAUUGUAACUUCUGGGAUCAGUUCAUGGGCUGAGUCUCUCUUCUCCCCCU